AUGACACUCGCAUUCUUUUGCUUAGGUGCUUUAAGUCUGUUGGGCGAACUUGAAACCAACGUAACAGAACACAACAAGAAGGAUUGGAUUGACUGGAUCUAUGCUCAACAGGUUCUACCCACAGGUGAGACCCCAGAUGCCAACGAAGCCUAUUGUGGAUUCAGAGGCUCCUCAUGGUCUGGUAGACCUUUUGAUCCCGAUGCGACUACUUGUGAAUUUCAACAUUACGAUACCAGCCAUGUUGCAAAUACUUAUACCGCCUUACUCAACUUAAUCAUCCUCGGUGACGAUCUUUCUCGUGUCAAUAGAAAGGCCAUCACAAAAGCCCUGAGUUUACUUCAGCAAGACGAUGGAAGUGUUGCACCCACUUUUGGAAGCUUAGAAAGAGAUGUUCGAUUCGUCUAUUGUGCUUGCGCUAUAUCCUACAUCUUGAACGAUUGGUCCGGUAUCAACAUUGAAAAUACCGUUCAGCAUAUCAAACAGUUACAGUCUUACGAGUACGGUAUUGCUCAAUGUCCAGGACAAGAGGCCCAUGGAGGAUCUACCUAUUGCGGUAUAGCAGCAUUGGCUUUAAUGGACAAAUUAGAAGAGGGUAUCAUGAACAAGGAUGAGUUUGUCAAAUGGUGCCUUCUUCGUCAAAUUGAUGGGUUUCAAGGAAGACCCAAUAAGUUACCUGAUGUUUGUUACGGCUUUUGGAUCGGUGCUUCUUUAGAAAUCGUGGGGUGUUUUAACCUUGUGAAUCAUGAGAAAUUAAGAGCAUUUAUGGCAAAUUGUCAACCUAAAAUGGGUGGUUUUGGAAAGGCACCAGAUGCAUACCCUGGUAAGUCAUGGCAUUGUUUGAAUAUCCUAUUUGCUUAUUAG